AUGAUUUUUAGACUUAAAUUUAGAACUCAAAAUGACCUUUUUUAUAUACCCCAACUACCAAGAAGGCCUAAACACCCAUUGGGUACCGUGGAGCUAUAGAGGGAUACAGGGGAAAGAGGGAACGCCACACGGACUCUGGCGAGGGAACACGUGUGCAUGCAACAUGCACACAUUCUGGCUCCGCCUACGAGAACCGCCGGGUGGUACCUCCACGUUCGACAGUCAGAGACCGUCAACCACCUGACAAUCACAACAUCCAUAGCGAAGAGAAAAAGCGCACGGCGACUGAUCAGGAGACUGAAGAGUCUACUACUGCGGCCA